UCAUAGGAGACAGAAUAUGUCUAAUUUAUAGAAAACAGAAUUUGCCAUUCACUGCGUUCAGUAUUGUGGAGGUAGGAUCUCUUAUGAGGCCACACUGUUGCCCAAAUAAGGCUUGAGGGUCAGACAUUUAAAGUCAGAUAACAUGUGUUUGACCAUUUGCUUGAGAAAAUUGGCAACUAAAUGAUGGGAGAAAUUGAAGAUCCAGUCCAGUUAAAGGAUGAGGGUAACAAGCACUUCCAGGCUGGAGAAAUCGACAAAGCCAUUGAGUGCUACACUAAAGCCAUAAAAGCCUGCAAAGACAAGAAAGCGCUCGCGGUCAUCUACAGGAACAGAUCAGCCUGUUUCCUGAAAAAGGAAAAUUAUAGCAAUGCAGCAUCAGACGCCACUAAAGCUAUCGAUGUGGAUGCUGCGGACAUUAAGGCUCUGUACAGAAGAUGCCAAGCGCUAGAGAAGCUUGGCAAACUGGACAUGGCUUUUAAGGACGUUCAGAGAUGUGCAACCAUAGAGCCUAAAAACAAGACCUUCCUCGAGACCCUCAGAAGACUCGGAGCUGAGAUCCAGCAGAAGCUAAAAACGACCUUCUCAACAGACUCCAGAGUGCAGAACAUGUUUGACAUCCUGUUUUCAGAUGAAUCAGAUAAGGAAAAGAGAGAAAAGGCUGCCAACAAUCUGAUUGUCCUGGCAAGAGAGGAUGCGGGAGCAGAAAGAAUAUUCGAGAACAAUGGUGUGCCUUUACUUGUGCAGCUGAUUGACACAGGAAAAUCUGAGAUGAUUCUGGCUGCUGUCCGGACCCUGUCAGGAAUGUGCACAGGCCACAGAGCAAGGGCAACUGCCAUCAUCCACAUGGUGGGAAUUAGCAAACUGUGCAGCAUCAUGGCUGUGGACAAUGAGGAGAUUGCUCUGGCAACUGCAAACCUGUUCCAGUGUGUCUAUGACUCUCUCACUGGAGGAGACCAGAGAAAUUAUGGCAAAGAAGAGGCCCUCGUACUCGACUCCAGUAGGGACUUGAAAGAUAUCCUGCUUGCCUUGUUGGAGAUGAUCGCAAGCAAGAAGGUGUCUGGACAUGGUCGAGACCAGGCCCUGAACCUCCUGACCAGGAAUGUGCCAAGAAAAGACAAGAAAGACACUGAUCACUCCAAGUGCCUUUUCACCAUUGACCACGGCCUGAAGAAGAUUCUGAAGGUCUGCGGUCAGGUUCCAGACCUUCCCGAUCAGUUGCAGCUGACAGAAAACACACAGCUGAUUGCCAGCGUUCUCCUCAACAAGCUCUACGAUGACUUGCGCUGCGACCCUGAGCGAGAUAACUUCAGAGAUAUUUGUGAUGAGUACAUUAGGAGCAAGUUUGACCCCAACGACAUGGACAAAAACAUCCAUGCCAUCAAUACUUUGUCAGGCAUUCUGCAGGGGCCUUUCGACGUGGGCAACAUACUUGCAGGUCGUCAGGGCGUCAUGGAGAUGAUGGUGGCACUUUGUGGAUCCGAGCGUGAAGUGGACCAGUUGGUAGCAGUGGAGGCCCUCAUUCACGCGUCCACCAAAACCAGCAAAGCCUCCUUCUUUAUCAGCAAUGGAGUAACUCUGCUGAAGGAAAUGUACAAGAAAACUAAGAAUGAAAAGAUCAAGAUCAGAGCCCUCGUGGGUUUAUGUAAACUGGGAUCAGCUGGAGGCGAUGAUUACAGCAUGAGACAAUUUGCAGAGGGUUCCACUGAGAAGCUGGCCAAGCAGUGCAGAAAGUGGCUCUGCAACCCUACACUUGAUGUGCGCACCAGGAAAUGGGCCAUUGAAGGUUUGGCUUAUCUUACCAAUGAUGCUGAUGUAAAAGAUGACUUUGUUGAAGAUGAAGCAGCCUUGAGGGCCAUGUUUGAGCUCGCCAAGUCAAAAGAUAAGACCAUCCUGUAUGCUGUCGCCUGCACCCUGGUCAACUGCACCAACAGCUAUGACAAGAAAGAGAUCAUCCCGGAGAUGGUGCAGCUGGCCAAGUUCUCCAAACAACACGUCCCUGAGCAGCACCCGAAGGAUAAGAAGGAUUUCAUUGAAAGGCGAGUGAAGAGGCUAUUGAAAGCUGGAGUUACUUCAGCUCUUGCUGUCAUGGUCAAAGCAGAUAAUUCCAUCCUGACCGAUCAAACCAAAGAGAUGCUUUCAAGAGUGUUUCUUGCCUUGGCAAAUGAUGUUAAAGAUCGUGGCACAAUUGUAGCUCAAGGUGGAGGAAAGGCUUUGAUCCCUUUAGCACUGGAGGGAACCGACAAAGGAAAAGUAAAGGCCAGCCAUGCUCUGGCUAAGAUCGCUGCUGUCUCCAAUCCUGAAAUCGCCUUCCCUGGCGAGAGGAUAUAUGAAGUUGUACGACCACUGGUUUCCUUGCUAAACACAGAACGAGAUGGUAUGGAAAACUUUGAAGCUCUGCUGGGUCUUACAAAUCUUGCUGCCUUGAAUGACAAACUUCGAGUAAAAAUCCUAAAAGAAAAAGCACUUCCAGAGAUUGAAAACUACAUGUUUGAGGAACAUGAUCAAAUCAGACAAGCCGCCACAGAGUGCAUGUGCAAUCUGGUUUGCUGCAAGGAUGUUCAAGACAGAUAUCUGCAAGAUGGCAAUGAUAAACUGAAGCUUCUUAUCCUGCUCUGUGGUGAAGAUGAUGAGCAGCUUCAGAGGGCGGCUUCUGGUGCACUGGCUAUGCUCACUGCCGCUCAGAAAAAACUUGCUAUUAAGAUGACGAAAGUGACUGGGCAGUGGCUUGAGAUUCUUCAGAGAUUAUGUAUCCAUGACAACCCUGAAAUUCAGCACAGAGGUCUUGUGACAGUGUGUAACAUGCUGGAUGCUGAUGAACAACUAGCCAAGAAGCUCAUUGAAAGUGAAUUGCUGGAAAUCCUGACAUAUGUGGCAAAACUGGAGGACAACCCCAAGAAGCAGGAUGCUAUUAACGCGGCUCGUGCCUGCCUUUCUACAGCCAUGGAUCAAGGACUUGUAAAGCCGUUUUCAAAUUAAACAGAACACAAUUCAUUGUGAUGUGUCAUUAGAUGAAUAGAGAAUGGUCUGCUUUCUGGGAAAGUGGAAAGACUGCAAACCAUUUGCAAUGCUUUCUUUUUUUUAAUUUCUAAUGAUAAUCAUAGUUCUUUUUAAGAUGAUAUGUUUGUGUGGCUGUUUGUUUGAUCAGUGGUCUUGCAUUUUGGUAUUUAUUUAACAUGCUCAUUUCAUAUUUCAUGUAUUUGCACUUGUGAAGUUUUGAUUUACAGAUAAAAAAAACUUUUUGGAGAAAAGAUGACUGGAAUCUGUUUCUUCAUAGUGGCAUUAUCAGAAUUACCCUUUCACGUAUAGAAGUAUACACUUCACACACACAAACACACAUUUACCUUUCUCUAUCUCAGUCAAAGGGUUUGGCUGGUUAACCUGGUCUAGUUUGUCUUUAGUUUCAUUACACUAUUCUAGGGGAAAAGAGAAUCAUUCUUCAUUAAUGGUCAUUGAAAUGUAGUAGGCUAUUCCUAAAUUCUGAUGAACUUACAUUAAAUUAACACAACCUAUAUAAAUAAAUGCUGUAAAAGAAUUAUUGUUAGUUCAUGAAUGAUACCUAGUAAUUCAUGUUAACAAAUUGAGCCCUGUUACAAAGUAUUACUUUUCCCCAAUUAUAUAUACAGUCAAACCUAAAAUUAUUCAGACAUUACUGAUAUAUUUUUACUAGUGGGUGCAGGACACUAUAGUUCAUUUCUGUAAGUGAGGAUAGCAAAAUAAAGUAAACUGUGACAUACCAUACCCAAAAAUUCUUCAUACAGUGGACUACCAGUAAAACUGAUGAUAAAAUUUGGAACCAGAAAUUAUUCAGACACUUUGACCUGACCAUGUUUUGUUUAAGUGUUAUCUGAGAUAAUUAAGAUUAAUUUUUUCCGACAGUUUAACUCUGAGAUAUUGUCAUAUAUUAUUACCAUUUUUUUUAAACUAGCGAAUAAACUGAAAUGUUAAAGGUGUCUGAAUAAAUUUUGGUUUGACUGUAUAUAUAAUUUUAUGACCCCAAAUUAAUAUAUUUAGUUCUACUUCAAUAAGUUCAAUGUUUUUUAACGUUUGCUGCGUUAUUGUGUACGCAUUCCUCUAAAACUAGGUAUAAAUAUUUUCCAUAUGCGUUACAACUGUUUUGGCUUUGUCCGACCAAAUGUUGGCAGACAAAGCUGGACAAUACAGUUUUGUUUUUCUCUAAUUCACUCAGUGAACAUUUCGUCCAGAACUGAAUGUUCUUUUAGGCGCAAGACAGGAGUUCAGGAAUGCAGAAAACUGAAGAGCUCCAUCUAGAGGCCGGAAGAGUAAAUGUGGUUUUUUUCAGAGCAAGGACUGUUGUUUGUGGACUUCAAGCUACUGAUGUCUACUCAUUCUCGAUAUAUAACCAUAGACACCGUCCUUUUAAUUAUUAAAUCGACAUUCAGAGAUAAAUCCGCGUAUAAUUAGCGUUGAACGUCGUCGUUUCAAUUCGCCUGUGCUGCGACUACUAGUGACGCCAAACGGAACUGCACGCGGGACACAAGAUGGACGCAAACUUUUGACUUUCUGUUUCUAUUUCGUUUCGCUUUUACUCGCACGACCUACGCUUGGUAGAUAUUGCCGCAUCCCUCGAGUUGACAGCCCGUGCUGUCGAGUGAAUUCUUAUCCCAGUCAGAAUUCGUUUAAAAACAGGCCUUCAGACCAACUCGCUGGCAGCCAUUCGUUUUCACAGCCCAACCUUUGCUGUCUUUAUGUGGAUUCGCUUCCUGGUUGCAACACAGUCACAUAGUCCAAGUCCUUCAAAACGCAUUUCAGCCUGAGAGACUAGUCGUCGAACUUAAUAAUUAUCCUUAGAGCUUUCAAUAAACAUUUCAUGACUAUUUUACCUAAAAGGCAGUAUCUUUUUAUUCGUUUACGUGGAAUGUCGUAAGCCACCGAGUACCAGAAAUAUCUAAUAUAUCGAGUGCAAAGCGAAAACCUGGGAUCUAUGCCUCGUCUUCAUGGAGAAUGUGACUACACGAUCAACACAAGGUCUUCUGGAGCCUGUGCAUCCAGGCUCAGUAACCUUUAAUGAGAGUAUUCUAGCUCCUCUUCGUAACAAUUAUUUGUAUGAGGAAUCAAAAGAAUGUUUCACGUACAACUCUGCCCAUUUGAUCAACAAUGACACUCUACAAAAAAGGUAUGCUGCCUUUCGGUCCGAGAAACGGGAAAAAGGUUAUUCUGAACAGGAACUUGAAGAGUCAUUUGGCUUCCUGUUGCUUGAUGAUGCAAACAGGGCAAGGAAAGUUGGUGAAACAGGCUUGUUGGUCGGAAAAGCAAAAUGCACUACUCUUGGAGACCCGUCGAAAGGUGUCUAUAUCUCAAAAUACUCAGACUGCCUUGACCUGAAGCGCUGGUACGAUGGCAAGACUGGCUACAUUGUCCUUUUGAAGCUGACCAAGGGGAGAGUGAAAGAAGUUACAGACAACUACACCCAGAAUUUUACUCCUCCAACACCUGGCUUUGACUGCCAUGUAUCAGAUCAGCUUGGUGCUGUGUCUUCAACUACUAGUUCUUUCUUGGCUUAUGAGCGAACACAGUACUAUAUGUAUGAACUCCGUGAUGGAAGCAGUAAAGCAGAAUCAUGUCCAAGACAUGCUUGUCCGUUUGCCAUCGUGGCAUUUUCAUAUGGGAAGAUGAGUACCACGUCAGAGUUGGAGCAAAAGAGCCAAGACAAAACAGUAUUUCAUUACCAACCAUGGAUUGGCCAAUUCAAGAUUGAAUCCACUGUCUAUGAUGUUGGUCUUCAGUCUGCGAGUGGAGCCUGGUUCCCAGCAAAACUCCCAAAGACAGUUCAAAUUGACCAUGCAAUUGGUGUGUCUGAACUGAAGAGGACCUUGCCGCGGGAAAUCUUUGAAACCUGCAUUGUGGGUGAAGUUUGCAUAGAUGGCAGAUGUUUCAACUUGUAUGAUGUUGUCUCCUCUAAGGCGAAAAAUGAUCUUGCUCAGAUAGCCCACGAGCUAAAGGAAAAAGAUAUGGCUCUUGUUAUUCCACUGGAAGAUUCUGGUUUCCUUAUACUGUUACAUUCUUCACACCUCUUCUCUUAUGAAGACGCAAAGUCGGGUAAGGCAGCAGCACUUCAAGGCAUGUUUAUUUUCCCAGACUCAAGAACUGUGCCAAGAGAUGCCAAGUCGAACCUGACAAAUACUAAAGUGUCAUCAGAAAUAAUGCAAGUCAUUCCAGCACUCAACUAUGCAGAAACAGAGAUGGGAAAAUGUCCUCCAAACCAGCAGGGGUGCUCUAAAAGUUCUUUAGAGAAGUGUUUGCAGGAAUAUGGCACUCUUUUUCACCCAGGACUGUUGGAUGUUCCCACAAGGGAAGCCAGUAUGUUUCCAGACCAAUUUGAUGUGCCUGGUGGUUUUACUCUGAUAUCACCUAAAUGGUCACAGGAGACUGGCACCCGAUUAAAAUCCUAUUUUGAUGAGCCUUGUGGCUUUACAAUUCCAGUAGUGAGAGCACUGGAGUUACUCACUACUGGUCGACAGCAGCGUGGUGAUGAUCAUGACGAUGAUGUCUAUUAUUGUAUAUCAUCACCUGAGGAGGUCCCACAGACUGAUGCCCCUGUUGAAAGUGAGACCUCUCACAGGACUGUUGAAAAAGUUGAAAAACAAAAAGAUGAGCACAAGCAUUUGCCUACAGAGCAGCCUCAACCUGCUUUGCCAGAGGGCCUUGGAAAACUGGGAACAGCUGUAGUUACAGUAGCUGACAGCGUGUUGGAGGAUCCAAUUUCCACAGUGUCACCCAAAUUGGGUGAUGUCCCUACAGAGAAUUGUGUAAGUAUUGACACUGAUGUUGAGAAAACAUCUCAAGGGAGUACUAAGGGAGAUGCUGAUGGAGUCUGUGUAGAUUUAUCCAAAAAAGAGACUCCCAUCCACACAAGCAGUACACCAUUAAUCACAUCAACAGAAGAAGGUGGUACUGCUGGGAGGAUGGAGGAUAAUAUACAUCCUGAGAAAACAAUGGCUGAUCCUGCUAAGAAAGUAAAUCGGAGGUCCUUUUCAAGGCGUAAAGGUAGGAAGCGCAAAAUUCAUUGGAGAACCAUGAAGAUCAAAAAAGGAGUUAAAAAAAAGCUCGCUUUACCAGCUUCAAGUUUGCCUCUCGUUUUGCCAGUGAACUCCACAGAUGACCCUCCAAAAGAGCAGACUCAGUCUGAGACCAUGCAUGCUGACGACAUCAAUGAGAGUCCACAUUCAACUAGUAGGGGCAAGGGACGCAAGCAAAGGAGAGUGAAUCGAAAUCUGAGUCAAGCCAAACAAGCACAAGAAACUUUAAGUGUGUCAACAGAAACUAUACAUGAUCAAAGUAUAAAAAAUGAAACAAGUCCUUCAAAAAGAGACUGGCGGUCUCUUCCAAGGCGUAAAAGAUUGUGGAAUACUGAUGCUAAUCUGAAGCGUUCUUUGAGAUCAGCUGCUGCAAAGAUUGAUGAGGAGACUAUAGUGAACGCACAGGCCGAUACCACAAAACAAAGUUUGUCUAGCACACCCAAGAGGAAGAUGGAAGGAUUUAGCUUGAGGGAACGAUAUGGUCUAAAAACCAUAAUCACAACCUGUGGCAGAGUUUUUGUCCCGCAUGGUUCAGAUGUUGAUGUACAAUCUGCAAACAAGAGACAAAGUGAGAAAAUGCAUGUUGAGAUGAACACGGACACAAAUGCAGAAACGAUUUCUCCUGUGGAAAACAAAUCCACAGAAAUAGUGGAAAGUAAGGGAGAAUCUCCCUCAAAGGUAAUGGAAGAAUUACCCUGUAAAGAUCCAGUGGUCAGUGAUGGCGAAGAAUUGUCGCACAGUCCUUCAGGUGAAAUGCCAAGUGCUCUCUUGUCAGCAUUAAAGAUAUUGAGAAACCUUCACAAAAACAACCCAUUAGAAAUUGACAAAAGUAAGGAUUUAUGUUCAGAAAAGUCCAUGAAUGCUACAUCAAAUGAGAAUGUAGGCUUCCAACAAACUAACAAAGAUCAUCCUGUUACUGUUCAAACAGGUGCAACUUCCAGUCCUCCCAGAGAAUCUGACCAAUCCAUGCUCUCGGACCCUAAAGUAUCCUCCCCUGACAAAAUCAAAAAGAAAGCAAAACAUAGUGUGUACAGUGCAAUAUCAAUAAGCAAGUUAAAGACUGUACUAAGAAGGGGAAAGAGGGCGAAAUCUCCUUCCCCAGGUAAUAGUGCAAUAUCUGAGCCAGAUAAAGCAGAGCCAGAAUCAAAAAUAAGAAAAUUGGACACUGUUGUGGAUCUGAAAUCUGAUAUUAUCAAGAAUGAGUUGAAAGACAGAGGAUCACAGCCCAUGAAUGAUAAGGCACAACAUGCGCCAGUGAAACCCAUGGAGAUAACUAAACAACCUGUGUCUUGGAGAGGCCUUAUUCACAAGGCCUCAAAAGAAAAUGGGUCCCUCAAUUUUGACACAUCAGCACCUUUUGAAAUAGCUAAACACACUGACCAGCAGCUCAUAUCAUCGCUUGGGGAUAGGGUAGGAAGGAGAAGAAUUAGCGUUGAUGGCAAAGCCAGCGCAGAGAGUGUGAGCAUGGGUGCAUCUCUGCCCUCAGAUGCAUUGAGUUUACUGGCUGACUUGGCCCUCGGUUCAAGUAAUGAUAAAGUGUUAUCGAACUUAGAAGCCAAACCUGGACAGGAGGCUAGCGGCUCCCCGCAGUCAGUCCUUCAUGCUCUUCUUCGUUGUCCAUCCACCAGAUUUAAAUUACCCCCCAGGUCUCCUUUCCCAGAAGGUCUUUUAGUGACUGGGGAACUGAUUUUGGAAAUAUCAAAAGAGCAUUCUUAUUCACAGCCCACCUCUCUGCUGUCAGGUUUGUCAGGUCCAUCCCCCCAGGUUUCUUCUCCAUCUGGAUGUGUAGAUUCGCCUCUGUCAUUGAACACUGGGCUUCAUCUGAACCUACCCAAAGAUGGAGCAGCCUCGUGUCAUCAAGAGGAAGGAGGCAGAACAGAAUGGAAGCAUCUGAUUUCUCCAGAUAAGCCAGUGUCAUUGAUUCCCAAGACAAAAGUGAGGAAAUCAAGAUUUUUACGAAACAGACGCAUAAUUGAAAAGGAGGGAAAGAUCCAAGUGAUGAGGAUUUGGGAAGAAGAUUAUGAUUUUAAAUUUGACAGCAAAUUCACCAAUGACAGUAUAGACAAAACUGUCACACGAGCACUUCAUGGGAAAUGGAACUUCAGCAUUGAAGACACCUAUGAGGAUGUCCAUCUCAUUUUUCACAUGUGGAUUGGUCUUUUCUAUAGUAAACACACUUCCAGGUUAUUUCACCUUGAAAAUAGUACUGCACUUUCAAAGGGGAAGGACGUUGAAAAAGUUCAUCUGGACAUUAACGCCAUUCAAAAUGCUGUGUCAUUGCUCAAUGUUGAGUUGAGCUCGAAAGAGGACUCGUCUAGGCCUGUGCCUCUUUCAACAGAGGUUUUGGAUCUUUCUGUGAAAAAUGGCGAGCCUGUGAAUCUCUGUUCGGUUUCAAAUCAAAGCAGAAUAAAAGACACUGCAUCACAUCCUGGUGGAAUGUCACCAACUUGUAAGCAUGAAACGGCACCAAGCCAUUCACCUUCUGGGACAAGUCUCUCCCUCAAUCCAAAAGUUACAACAAUGAUGAGUUAUAGAUCUACUGUGGACAUACCAGUGGAAAAUUCAGUGCCUGACAGUGACACUGAAACUGAUGAUGAAAAUGACAUCGCCCCUGACUGCUCAUAUUCUCAGCUCUUGGAAAGAAAUAGUGCAUACAACCAGUUAUGUGAGCAAGCAUCAAAUAUGAGAAUAGGUAUUCGGUUACUACUGCCAAAGGUCAGAAAUGUUACAAAUAAUGAAGCAUCCACAAAAGUGUCCACUGUUGAUCUGAAAAAGAUUGGUGUGUUCCAUCAAGUACUUAGUCCCGUAAAACCGUCAGCAUUCUCAAAACCACAUCGCCUGAUUUUGGGUAGGAAAAGUUUUGAUCUGAGCUUAAAAAAUGAAACUGGCCAUGUAGCACAUGCAGUACUGCAAAAGGAGAAUGUUUCUGACAAUGCAGAAAGUAAAGAGAUUUCUGAAACAAAUAGAACCAAAGAUGAGUGCCCAGAAGCUGUGGUUGAUGGAAAUGUUGACGAUACCUCAGAAUUUAAAACGGGACACGGAGCAUCCAUUUCGGUACAGGAAAAGAGUGUAUCAGUAAGUGAAGAGAGUAAAGAAGUCUCUGAUGAAGAUAGCCAAGAUGGAUGUCUUACAAUUAUGGAAGAUGGAAAUGUUGAGGAAAACAUUACUUCUGAAUCACCUAGCCAAGAUCAGAUUAGUAUUUCUGAGCAUAAAUGCUCUGCUCAUGCAAAGGAAGAUCUUAAACCUUUAGAAGAACUCAAAGGUCACGCAAACAUGGUAGAUGAUCUGGGAGAUGCUUCACUACAUGAGGCUAGUGUUGAAGAGCAUAACGAGACUUCUAAUGCAAAAAAAGAACUUCAACCUUUACUAGAUGACACAAAUCUAGUUGACCAUGCUGAUGUGCUAAGCGAUAUUUCAUCAGAUGGGACUAGAGUUGUAGAGAAUGAGACAUCUAAUGCAAAGGAAGAUCUUAAACCUGUGCAUGACCUGAAAGAUCAAAUAAAAAUGGUGGAUGAGCGGAGAGAUGCCGCAUCAGAUGAGGCUAGUGUUGAAGAGCACAAUGAGACUUCUCAUGCACAAAAAGAACUGAAACCUUUACUAGAUGACACAAAUCAAGUUGACCAUUUUGAUAAGCUGAGCGAUAUUUCAUCAGAUGAAACAAGAGUUGUAGAGAAUGAGACAUCUAAUGCAAAAGAUCUUAAGUCUGUGCAUGACCUGAAAGAACACACAGCUGAUGAGCUAAGAGAUGCUACAUCAGAUGAGACUAAAGUUGAAAAGUGCAAUGAGAUUUCUAGUGCAAAAGAAGAGCAUGAUCCGAAAGAUCAGUUAAACUUGAUUGAUGCAUCAUCCCAUGUGAUUAAAGGGAAUGACACUAAAGAGCCUGUGGAAGAAGAUGAAGGUUAUACAGGUGAGGAACUGAUGCAAGAAGGUGACAGUAAGUCAAAGGAAUGGGAUAACCUGGAUGGAGGUGAUACUGAACGUGAGACGUCCACAGUAAUGGUGGAACGCCUAGAUGAGAUUGUUUUCGGUCUAAAGGAUGAUAUAAACAGUGUUGAUAUGGAAUUCAGUGAUGAUGAUGAUUCCACCAUCAAUGAUGAUGUGAAGACACAAAAAAGUGAAACGCAACCUCAGUCACCAGAGGAGACAUACCUUGAAGAUAAUGCCUUUGAAUUAAGCAGUGAUUCUUGCUCAGCUGAGGAUCAGCCCAUGUCUGUGCAAGAGAAACACACCCCUGUUUCUGAUAUUGAUACUUUGGAAGGAAUGCAAGAUGAGAUUGAAACCAAGACCCUUCAGCAGAGUUUAGUGGUCCAACAAGAAGCUCUUGAAGUAUGUCAGAAUGAGUUAAAUCCAGCAAGUAUUUUUGAACCCACCAAAUUAGAUAUUAGUAAUUCAGAAAAAGAUGAUGAAAGAGAUUUAGGCCAAGAGGAUAAAUCUAAAGUCAGUGGUGAGGAUGAUACACUUGUUGAUGAGAAGGAGACAAAAAGUCAAGGCUCUUGUGAAGAUGAAGUCAUCAAAACAUACCAAGAAUGCCUGUCCCCAAAAGUUUGUGCUUUGCCCCCCAAUAUCCCAACUUACUCUCGUAAUGAAAUGGUUGCUCCUCAAGCUCUGACAAUUGACAAACCCUCAGAAGUGGAGGUAAACAGCAUGUGCUCUACUCCUACGCAAGAUGAAAUGGCGUGUUUUCCAGAAGUACACGAAGACCUUUACUUUCCUGACAGCACUGUUCGUGUUGACAUGUUGCCACCUAAAAGUUCUGUAAGUCCGCACACCCAUGUUUCUACCACAAAGCCAUUCUCUGACUUUAUAGGACAUAAUGAAGAAACCCACAAUGAUGAACUAAGGUGGAAGAGAAACAAAUACCCUGGGACAAUGGAUUUCAAAGAUGAAUCUGCAUUAACUACUAAGUGUUCACUCAGUGAGGACCCUUUCCAGUUAAGGCACAAACUCUGUCCCACCUCCCAACAAAAAGAUGACAAGAACAGUAACUUCAUAGAGGGUGCACCUCAAAAUGAUUCUGAACUAUUUUACAGAGAAGACAAUGUAGACGAUGUGCAUGGAUAUUACCAGGGAUCUGAUGAAGGUUUACCGUGGCCUGAUUACCAAACAGAGGAACCAGUUGAUCACCAAUUUUAUCCAUGUGAAAUCGAAUUUAGUGGGGACAAUGAUCAACCCAUUUGUUCUAAGUACAUUACAUCUGAACGUGAGUAUUCCUACAGGCACAAAAAGCGUGCAAAAAAAGAGAUGGAUAACUAUUGUUGGGAAGAAAAGAAAUAUAAAUUAGACCCUCUGUCAGUUACUUUUACUGCUGAAUAUACCAGGGACCAAAGUCCAAAAAAGAAAUCUAGAAAGAGCAAAUUCACAGUCAUCCGCCAAAAUUCUGCGUGGGAUGAGGAAGGUAUUGUAGACUACAGCAUCCAAAAAACGUCAUGCUUUGAAACUUAUUUAAAGCCGACUAGGGAGGUCACUGUUAGUUCCCUUCCACAUGUUAAGACAAGCAAGCAGCAAUUUGACUGGAGCAGGUAUUUUAGAAGGGAGGCGGCUUUCAGUCAGCUAUUAGAUGCGAGUGAGAGGGAUGACAAAUUUGACAUUCCACCCUCAUCUAUUGUCACCAUUUUGGACCGAAAAGGAAACCGGGUGACAUUCAGUAACUCUCCCAACAUGAAACCAUCUUUAAUUGGACUUGAGAACUCUUUAAAUGACUGGCAAGAACAACAAAGUAAGGCUGAUGUGACCCGGUCUGCAGUUGAUCUCGAGUACCUUAUCUUCUCUAAAAAAAUGAAUCAGGUUCUCAAAGAGAAUAAGAAAGUCAGAGCUCAGAGCUCAUCCAGUACCACAUCACACUGUUGGUCAAAUCCUAACCAGGCUACAUGUCCCAUGACAAUUCAGUUUUCAAAUCUCAGUGAAGUGGAGAACUCUGCUGAACUUAGUAAAGCACAGCCAUCACUUACUGAUUUUAAGAUUAAAGUGGACAUGUCUGACAAGAGAGAGAUGAUGGAACCUGUAAGAAACCGCAAACCACACCUUCAAAGAUUUUUCUGUGAAAAAGGCAACGAGGUUGAGUUUGCCGGGAUCUCAGAAAUAACAAAGCAAUGCGCUGUUGCGUACAAGUCCAUGAUGAAUGAUGUCUGCAGCAGGAAGACUCUCCCUCGUCCAAUUGAGGCAAGUGGAAAGGGCAUCAAGAGGAAGUACAAUCGAGAGAGCGUUGGCCAACAUCCUGGAUUCUGUGGUCGGAUCAAGAAGGACACUUUCGACAAUCCUCAUGACAAUCUGAAGGUCUUUGUGCGGCAAGCUUCAAAGACUAAGUACAGGUUCUUUAUUCUUGUCACAUCAACAGAUACCUUCUUUGAAGAAACCAAGCACCUGUUGGAGAUUGAAGGCCACAUACCGGUUGAGCCAAACGAGUUUAACCUCAGUGACGAUAGUCAGUCACCUCUUCUCAUUAUACUGAGGAAUGAGGACAUUGCAGAGCACAUAUGCGAGGUGCCUUGUUUGCUGGAAUUAAAGAAGUCGCCCAACGUCCUGUUUGCUGGCAUCGACCGACCUGAUGACGUGGUGAACCUCGCUCACCAAGAGCUUUUUGAAAAAGGAGGCUUUAUAGUGUGUGAUGAAUUGGCUCUUGACACACUUACUCUAGAUGACAUGAAGAAAGUUGUGGGGAUUCUGGAGGAGUUAGACAAACAAGGGAAAUGGAAAUGGUUUCUGCACUAUAGAGACAGUCGCAGGCUUCGGGAAAGUGCAAGGUCCAGUCCUGAGGGAAGUAAGAAGCAGCAGUUUAUCGAUUGCUGUCAGAAAGCUGGCAUAGUCGAGGUCUUGCCCUAUCAUGAAUGUGAUGUCAUAUCACGGGACCGACCGGAUUACCUCUUCUGUUUGACUCGUCUCCAGAUCCAAAACGCCUCCGUACGGUUUCCUGUGUUUAUUACAGACACGCCUACUGAAUCUUUUGGAACAAAUGGGAUUUUAACCAUGAACAUUUACACAUUCUCACGGAUUCUUUCAAAUGAUACUUGUUCUGUGUCAUAAAUGUGUUUUUGUUUUGUUUUUGUUUUUUUUGUUUUUUAUCAAAAUCCAAUUUCUUACCAUUGGUAAGUACACCUUUGUUCAUAAUUAAUUUAUUCUUUAUCGUAAAUGUUAAAGCAUAUAUCUUUGUUACUCAUAUGUAAUUGCUUACAAUUUAUAAGCUUUCCAGCGAGAACUUUACCGUUUAUAACACAGUAAAAAUGUACAAAUGUAGGUCAUGAAAAUGUUUUAGUGUGUUUUAACCUGACUGUUUUUUUAUCUAUGAAAUUGACUGAAACUCUAAUAAAUGAGCUGAUUUAG